AUGUUGUUCCAGUUUUUACUAGUCAACCAUCAGAACCAUUUGUCUUUAAGUGCCGAUGGUAAUUACGAGGUGUCGUUCAUGUGUAAUGUUGUCAUAAACUAUCAUGGUGACAUGCUCUGGGUACCGCCUGCAAUUUACAAAAGCUCAUGCAUCAUCGGUCUGUCCUAUUUGAUCAUUAUUUAUUUACCUUUUUGUUUGUUUAUUCAUCUACUCACGGGAAAUCAUGUGUCUAGCCAUUCACAACAUGUAGAGUUCUUCCCGUUCGAUGAACAGGUGUGCACGUUGGUGUUUGGCUCGUGGACUUACAUGGCGGCACUGCUGCAGUACAAUGAGAACGAGAUCAAACUUGAGUUCGAGCAAGCCGAAUGGGUGGAUUUGUCCGAGUACGCACCUUCCUCUAUUUGGGAUGUGAUGGAUGCUCCUGCUUCAUUGGUGAAUAAGAGGAGUCGAAUCGAGUUUCAAGUGAGAAUCAGAAGGAAAACGUUGUUCUACACCACUGUUCUGAUUAUUCCUACAGUAUUAAUGACGUUUCUAAGUAUGACAGUGUUUUUCCUUCCAACUGACUCAGGUGAGAAAAUGACCUUAACAACUUACGUAUUACUUUCAAUCGUCGUCUUUCUGCUGCUCGUAUCCAAAAUCCUUCCACCUACGUCAAGUACUAUUCCGCUGAUGGCAAAAUACCUUCUGCUCACGUUUGUGCUCAACGUGAUCACGAUUUUGGUUACGGUAAUUAUUAUCAAUGUGUAUUUCCGUAGUCCAACAACUCAUCGAAUGCCAUCAUGGGUACGCACCCUUUUCUUGGAGUGGAUGCCGUUCAUGAUGUGCAUGCGACGACCAAAAUCUGCUUUCCGAAAGUUAUUGGCGCAACCUCGUCCGAAAAAGGAGGUGGCCCAGCUGCCCGGAAUAGGACAAUUCACAUUCAAAAUGGCGAAGCACCACCCAUUCUGUCCGAGCGCUGACAGCAGGUUCUCAGAUACCAAAGGUUAUCGAGGUUUAACCGUGUCUUAUUUAACAGCAACUUUCAGGACUGCCUCAGCGAAAGUGGUCACUGAUUCUACUGAAAUUCCUCAAGACCCGACAACUGCGCCCUAUCACCCGUUGUCGCCAGAUGCCCUCUCUGCGAUAGAUGCUAUCGAAUACAUCACAGAUCACCUCAAACAAGAUGAGGAACACAAACGGUAUCGCGAUGAUUGGAAAUACGUCGCCAUGAUCAUUGAUCGGCUACUGUUGUACGUCUUCUUUGGUAUUACUGUGGGAGGCACAUGUGGAAUAUUGUUUAGCGCACCGGAGUCAACCAGCGGGAAGUUCUUCAGAAGCUCAUUGAUUUGUACAAGGCAGGAGAUAGCAAGUAGCUCAGAGAAGUGGGCUAUCAAUGUACAUUGUUGA